AUGAAGACAACCAAGAAUCUGGUGGUCAGCUUCUGCAUCCUUGUGGUUGUCUUCAGUGUGUUCUCCUUGGGACAAACAUGGCGUCCCCAGGGAAGAUUCGGGAAAAGAUUAAGCCCAGACAAUGUCCAGGUUCCGGAUUUCAGGUUAUCCUUGACGAGUGAGAUCCCGGUUGAAGCGUUUUUCUCCAAAGAAGACUUCUCACAAUUCAAGUCCAUACCUCGGCUAUGCUCAGUAUCUGGAAUCAAAGGAUAUCCGCUUUGUGACUU